UGUGAAAAUUUCUCUUUGACAAAGAACAAGCAGACAAACUGCUUGGAAAGAAUUUGGCCUGUAAGAGCUAAGAGCCACAUCUUCUCAAAAUAUCUGCUGGGUCAUUUAAUGUAAACGUGUCAUAGAAAAACUUUUUCUCGUCUGCCUUCUCUAUUCUCGCUGAUUCUGAAUCACCAUUCGAAACAGAAAUUAGAAGAUAACCCAAAAACCGAAUUAAUGGCAUUGGUGGCAUCAAAUCUGGGCACGUAUCAAAAGACUCGAGCAGUUCAAGUGAUUUGCAGAAGGAAAGAGAGAAGUAGAGAUCAUAACAUCUAUCCAUACAAAGUCAUCGAAAUUACACCUCCACCGAAGAGCCUGGGCAUUCGCUGCUUCCCCUCUAACUUGCAAUGUGGAGAGAGUGUGACAAUCGAAGGCCAAACUUAUACUAUCUCGGCCGUGACUCAUCGGUAUCAGCUUCGCAAAGGGAAGUAUGAACCCAGUGAGAAAAGACUUGACGUGCUUUCCACUGGCAGAUACAUCUUGAACUUAUAUCUUGAAAAUCUGUUGGAACAAUCUUGAUACUGUAAAAUAACAUUCAUUCAAUCUAUGAAGUAGUUUGGACUGCAACAGGCUCUGAGGAUGCUUCUUUCUCAUUAGGCAAGAGGAGAUCCAACUAUGGUAUGAGCAAAUUGCAUCACAUUACCUACUACAGUAUGAUUAUGAAAUCAUAGUUCUAAUAAAACAUUUUCUCAAUAAUUUAUUUGAUGGA